CACAUCAGACUCUGUCUGUCUGUCUCUCUCCUUCUCUCGCAGCAGGACAAUGGCAGAAGCCAGUGCACCAAGAGAUCAGCGUUUGUCAGGAGAUCAGUUCAGCUGUCCAGUGUGUAUGAAUCUCCUGAAGGAUCCACUAGCUAUUCCCUGUGGACACAGUUACUGUAAGGUGUGUAUUAAUAGCUGCUGGGAUCGUGAGGAUGUAAAGGGUGUCUACAGCUGUCCCCAGUGUGAAGAGACUUUCACUCCAAGGCCAGUUCUACGCAGGAACAACAUGCUGGCUGAAGUGGUGGAGAAACUGAAGACGACUGAACUCUGUUACGCUGGACCUGGAGAUGUGGAGUGUGAUUCCUGCACAGGGAGGAAACGCAAAGCUGUUAAUUCCUGUCUGGUGUGUCUGACGUCGUACUGUGAAGAUCAUCUUGAACCUCACUAUCAGUCUCCUGCCUUUAAGAAGCACAAGUUAGUGGAAGCCUGUGAGCUCCAAGAGAAGAUCUGCUCUCAGCAUGACAAACUGAUCGAGAUCUACUGUCGUACUGACCAAAGCUUCAUCUGUUACUUGUGUAUGAUGGAUGAACAUAAAAGCCAUGAGACGGUUUCAACUGAAGCUGAAAGAACUGAAAAACAGAAUGAGCUAAAGAAGGUUCAGAUAGAAUCUCAGCAGAGGAUCCAGGACAAGCAGAAGAAGUUGCAGGAGCUGAAUCAGACUGUGGAGACUAUUAAGAGGCAUUCACAGGCAGCAGUAGAUGAGAAUGAGAGGAUCUUUACUGAGCUGAUCAGCCUUAUGGAGAAAAAGCGCUCGGAGGUGACGGAGCUGAUCAGAGCUCAGGAGAAAGCUGAACUGAGUCGAGCUGAACGACUCCUGGAGCAACUGGAGCAGGAGAUUGCUGAUCUUAAGAGGAGAGUCACUGAGCUGGAGCAGCUUUCACACACACACGAUCACGUCCACUUCCUCCAGAGUUUCCCGUCUCUCUGUGUUUCUCCUGGAUGUGAGGACUCACCCAGCUUCACUGUCAAUCAACAUCUCUCAUUUGAUGGACUAAGGAAAUCUCUCUCAGAUCUGAAAAAACGAGUCGGGGAAAUCUGUGAGGAGGAAUUAAAAAAAAUCCAUCCACAAGCUGCAGCAGCUCGGAUGAGUUUACUCUCAGAACCAAAGAGCAGAGAAGACUUUUUGCAAUAUUUCUGUUAUCUGACCCUGGAUCCUAAUACAGCACAUCGUAAACUCAUUCUUUCUGAGAAAAACAGAGCAGUGACACAAAUGGAGAAGAAACAACAGUACCCUGAUCACCCAGAGAGAUUCGAGUCCAGAACUCAGGUUUUGUGUAAGCAGAGUCUGUGUGGACGUUGUUACUGGGAGGUGGAGUGGAGCGGUGAUUUUGUGUCUAUAUCAGUCUCAUAUAAAGAGAUCAGCAGAAAAGGACGGUGUUACGAGUGUGCGUUCGGACGCAACAUUCAGUCCUGGAGUCUGGAGUGUUCUUCUUCCUCUGUUGCUUUCUGGCAUAACGACAUUAGGGAUAAACUCCAAGGUAUAGCGUCCUCCAGAAUAGGAGUGUAUGUGGAUCUCAGUGCAGGAACUCUGUCCUUCUACAGCAUCUCUGACACCAUGAGACUCCUCCACAGAGUCCACACCACAUUUACUCAGCCUCUGUACGCUGGGUUUUAUAUAUGGAAAUGUGACUCACCUGUGAGGUUGUGUGAUCCAAUGAAAAAAAAAGUUGACUAUAAUAUUUAAUUUCUCCUGGAGCUGCAAUCAAAACUAUUGUGUACAGAAUCUUUAACACUAAUUAAUUGAGUGUUCAUGUUCUACAGAUUCAUGUUUUACAUAAAAAAAUAUCUUAAUGCCAAAUGGAAAAUGAAAAAACAAAGAUUAUCAAAUAGUAAAAUAUUAUCAAGCAAAAUGUUUCACCGUAUCCACUCUUAAAAGAGUUAUUAUGCUCAUAUGAAAAUCUGCAGUGCAAUAAAUCCAAAUGCUUUGACAAAAAAGGUAAAUUCUUUUUUGGAAAUAAAUGAUAAAACUUACUCAAACCUGCUGUCUUUCUUUCAUGAGACAAGUGGGAAAAAGAUCCCCACACUGUAAAAAAUGUUCGUAAU